CGAUGUGCUGCUGCAUCAGCUGUUCAAUAAUGUUGUUUUUCGCCGGCAGAUCGCUCCUGGCGCGGGCAUUUGUGGAAAUAUCUAAAAAUGUGUCUACCAGGGGACCCCGAGUGAACUACUGCAAAGCAGCGACUGCGCUGCGGCCGAAGAAACCAAAGUCCACACGCAAAGAGGCGCAAUACUUUUCGGAUGCCAAGCGGGUGCGGGCUGUCGGCGGGAAGGGUGGCGAUGGAUGCGUCUCCUUUCUGCAGCUGUGGUGCAACGAGCGGGCCGGACCGGACGGCGGGGAUGGCGGCAACGGGGGCCAUGUGGUUUUCCAGGCCUCCAACGAUGUGCGCAACUUCAAUCACGUAGGCAGCGUGCUGCGUGCCGAGGAAGGGGAGCGGGGAAACGCUAAGGACUGCCAUGGCAAGAAUGCCAAGCAUGCCGUGAUCAAAGUACCAAUUGGCACGAUCAUCAGGAACGCUCAGGGUCUGAUUGUCGGAGAUCUGGGGCACGCGGACUUGAUGUUCGUGGCUGCGCGCGGUGGAGCUGGCGGCAAGGGCAACCGCUUCUUUACCACCGACAAGGAGACCAGUCCCAAGGUCUGCGAAUAUGGACCAACUGGCGAGGAUAUUUCCUACACCAUAGAGCUGCGCAGCAUGGCCGAUGUAGGCUUAAUUGGCUAUCCAAAUGCCGGUAAAAGCACCUUGUUAAAUGCCCUAACCCGUGCCAAGCCAAAGGUCGCUCCAUAUGCCUUUACCACGUUACGCCCCCACCUGGGAACCGUCCAGUAUGAUGAUCUUGUGCAGAUCACGAUUGCCGAUCUGCCAGGACUCGUGCCCGAUGCACAUCUCAACAAGGGACUGGGCAUACAGUUCCUUAAGCACGCCGAGCGUUGCACAUUACUGCUUUUUGUGCUGGACGCCAGUGCCUCCGAGCCAUGGACCCACUACGAACAGCUUAUGCAUGAGCUCCGACAGUUUGGCGGCAGCUUGGCGAGUCGGCCGCAGCUGGUGGUGGCAAAUAAAAUCGACAUGGAAGACAGUGCCGCCAACUUUGAGGAACUGCAGCGAAGGCUGCAGAAUCCUGUGCUCGGGAUUAGUGCCAAAAUGGGCCAAAAUCUCGGCCAACUGCUAAGCAGCAUUCGCUUGGGCUUCGACAGACACAAAGCGCAGGAAAGAUCUACCCGCUAGAGAGAAAGAAUAGCUGUAAGUUUCCAGAUUGUU